AUGAUUUCUACUCUGCAAAGACCCCUUCUAAACGCGAAGUCUUAUUUGAAAUGCAAUCCUGCAGUUAACAAGGCAAGGAGAUUGAGUAGCAAAACGUCACUACAUCGGUCAUAUCUCUAUGUCCCCACAUCGUCAGAUCGCAUGCUCAACAAGUCCAUCACCUCAGGCUCGGAUGUAAUCAUAUACGAUUUGGAGGACAGCGUUUCCCCUGCCCCGGCUGAUAAACUCGCGGCGAGAAAGCGGUUGCGGGAAUUCCUAGAAGAGCGAAGCGCGGACUUGCAUGGUUUACACGUCGCUGUGCGAGUGAAUGAUGUUACGACGCCGUUCUUUCGCGAGGACAUCACACAGAUCGUGUCGCACCCUUUGGUUAAAUCAAUGAUUUUACCAAAAAUUCACUCGACCACAGACUUGGACUACAUAUCAGAUGCCGUCUCCAUUGCUCGACGCCGACUGAAAACACCGCACCUUAAUGUCAUUCCUAGUAUCGAGAGCGCGAAGGGAAUGUGGAAUUUGGGAUCCAUCGCGUCAUGGAGGUCUUCAUGCGGAGGCAUUACAGGAGGUAGUCUAAGCGCUCUUCUUUUCGCCGCAGAAGAUUACACUGGUAUCAUUCGCACUACUUCGCGGCGGGAGCUUCUCUACACCCGCUCCCAAAUCGUUAUCACGGCAAAGGCGUUUGGUCUCGAAGCCAUUGACAUGGUCUGUGUCGACUUUCGGGAUCUGGACAUUUUGAGGGAAGAAUGUGAUGAUGGGAGACAGCUGGGUUUUACGGGCAAGCAAGCAAUCCACCCCUCUCAGGUUGCUGUAAUUAACGCUACAUACGUGCCAACGAAUGCAGAAAUUCUACGAGCAUCCCAAAUUAUUCAGGCGAUGAAACGUGCUCAUGAAUCACAGAAGGGUGCUGCUGACUUGAAUGGGAAGAUGAUAGAUGCACCGAUGAUUAAGCAGGCGAACAAAGUUCUGCAGAUUGCGAAAACUGCUGGUCUCACCAUACCUCACCUCCCUGAGUGA